AUGGGUAAUACAUCCACCAAACCAUCGAACAACUCAGUCUAUUUGCCAUACGCUCCUACAAAUCCUUAUCCGACUUACGUCCCACCGAAGAAGAAGAAUUUGUUGGACAAAUUAGAUGACAAGCUGGAGGGUAUAGGUAAAUCACAUGAUAAGAAUAGAUAUCCGAAUAACGAAUAUAAUUAUGGUGGUCCAGGUGGUAGUAGCAUGAACUAUAAUGCGAAUCCAAAUGGUGGAAAUCCUCAUGUGAAUGGUAUGAAUGGAUAUGGAAACCAGGGAUACAAUUAUCCUUCCAUGCACGCUCCUAAUACGAAAUACGAAACAUACAAAGAGAGAGAGAAACGAAAGAGGCGAGAAAAGGCUGAAAUUAUCGGUGCGAUGGGUGAAGUGGGAGGUGCAUUGGCUUCUAUAGGGGAUAGUGGUUCAGGUGGUUCAUCACGGGAUGGAGGUGGGGGUGGUUCGGCUGCAUGUGGAGGAGGAGGAGGGGGUGGUGGAUCAUCGUAG